GCAGGCCUGCCACCUGUAAUUUCUUUCUUGUAUAUAAUUUCGUCGGUGAAUUAGUAUGCAGCGUAAAUGAAAUAUUUUUCUCCGGUUCAACAACUUUUCUUCAACAGCAGUGAAAAUAUGGUUCAUUUACGACUUGGGUUACUGGAGGAAGUCUCAAAAGAAAAAUGCAGAUCCUCUACAGAUUAUUUAUAGCUUGCCUCGUGUUCCUCACGGAAGGUAUUUGUUGUUUGUUUUGUUUUUGCUUUUUGUUUUCGUAAUAUUUUGCACCCUUCCAAGUCAGCAUUUUUCAAAAUAUUCUUAGCACUAAAACACUUGUAACUGAUGAAUACCGUCGGGAAAAAACAAAGACAAUGGUUAAAACUUCGAAUCUACCUUCAGCACGACUUCCCUUCGGGAAAAAAAUUUUUGAGUGUCUGCGCCCGGAAGAUUGAUUUCAAUAAAGCUUUUGCAUUUUGUAUGUUGUUAAACAGAAGAAAAUUCUUACCUACACCAAAUAUUACAACAUCCCUAUAUCAGAGGUGAACUUGUUCGAAUGAAUUUCGAUUUUACGUACCACAAUUCGUAACUAUGUAAAUAUAUCAGAAUAACUCGGCAAAAAGGCUUUGAUGACGCCAUGAAGUGGCCAUAUUGUUUGUUUGCUUUUUUCACUAGAGGCUAUUGAAGUCACAUCACAUCUACCUCAUGAAGAAAUUGACAAAUAAUUGAACGAAAAAUGAAAAGCAAAUGGUAGUUUAAAAAAUAAUAGUAGUUUGAUUGCAAAGCGUUCUAAUGAAUACAGGAUGUGAUCGGUAAAUUUCCUCACAAACCUCUCACUCCUUUUCACAUGCAACAAUCUUCGACAAAACCUUUCGCUCUUCACCACCUUUCUAAUAAGAAUAAUAAUAAUGAUAAUAAUCAUCAUCAUCAUAUUAAGUAAUAAAGAUAAAAUCAAAAACAACUUUAUAAAUAAUAAUGAUCAAUAAUAAUAAUAACAAAAAAUAAAACUUUGUAAAUAUAUUUCAUAUCCAUCCAAAUAACUUAAUACGCACUAAAAUUACAUUUCCUCUACACACUCUGCGACGUUCAGAAGCGAUCACAUUCAAUUUCCUUCUUUUCAUUUCAAUGGCUUCUAUCAAUUUCAUACCAAAAUCAAAAUGAUAACAAAGAUAAUACUAAGAAUGAUCAUGAAGGUGACGACGAAUGAUGAAAAUAAUAUUUAAUACUGAAUACGAUUAGCAUCACAAUUGUUAUCAAACAUGAAUCCCCCUGCAUUUCUUUAUUACAGGGAGCUUUUUUUGCGUAAACCGUAGUUUACCCGUGUAUCUUAGCUGACUUGGCAGCUGGGAGGCAAGAGCUAAGAAUGGAAAAAAAAACUAUCCGUGAAUUUGUCUGUCAAUAGAAAUUGGUUGAGACAUCUCCACUCUAUACAAGUGUCCCAAACAUUUCAGUAGAUGUCUGUCAUCUAUAUCUAAGAUUUUGGUGUUUUAUAAAGACAAACGCGAAAAUUUAGAGUAAUCGAUUCAUUCACAGGCCUUGUAACAAGUUCGUUGUUACUUCUGCCCAGGACGAAAACAUUUUCUGCGAGUAAGUUUAUUGUAUUAAUUGCUUUUCCUUUUAUCGCUGAUUUUCUUUUGGUAUUUUAUGUUUUCAUAGGAGUGCUAUGUUGCUGUUCUCAAGAGGGAAACCUAACAAACUAUCUUCUGAAUACUACUCGUUACAGCAUGAGGUUCCGACCAGUUCUCCAUGACAACCACACCCUAAAAAUUCGACACAGUUUGAUUCUUUACCGGAUUGUUAAAGUUGUAAGUGUUCCUAGUAAAGAGAAAGUUCUCAGAGCAGUUUGAAAUCGAGUGUCACAAAACGAAAACCGAAGCGAUCUCGACAAAUCAAAACAAAGGUCAGUUAGCACGAGUGAAAUUUCCAGCCCAGAUUGGCUUUUUUGUCAGUGUUCACAUGAAAAACGCAAUGAAACUUCAAAUCUUCUCGCCGGGUGAACCCAAAUGUCGACAAGGGUUACCCGGAAAAGAGGGUUGAAUCAAUUUGACUAACUUUUCCAUGUAGAAAGAGGGUAAGUUUCUAGAGAGACUGUGUUGCUGCGUCGGUGGGGGAGUAUGAUGAAAUAAUUUGGUAUUAUUAACUGAGUUGAUCUGUGUAAAUUGCCCACCGUAAAGAAUUUAAAAGCUGACGCGUCGAGCGUUAGCCCCUCGUCAGAGUGAAUGGAAGAAUUUUGGGUUGUAUGUGUGUUUAUAUGUAGAAAACAGACGUACACUAUUGGUGGCAACCAUAUUUUCUCCAUGUAAACGUUUUCAAACAUUGACUGCUAUGAUUCAACCUAAAUCAGUAAGAAAGUUGGAAUCGCCGUGUAAAGAAGCUCUUAGUCGAUAAUUUCCCUCAUGACUACAACAGCCCUCUUGACAGUGAAUUUACAUUUUGUGAUUAAUUUCCAUAUUUAUCAUGUUCAAGAUCUGCUCAGAAAUUCAACACGACAGUUCCUUACCGUGAAUAUUUCUUGUAUUUCAGGAUGAAAAACAUCAUAAAAUUGACUUAGAUGUACGGAUAAAAAUGGUAAGAUUGGCGGCAAGGCCUAGCUAGCUACAGACCAGGAAAAAUUAGUUAACACAUAACAUUCACGUCACCACUUUUGAGAAAAUAUAAAGAACUAAAUUUGAAAGGAUUUAUACUUCGUUACAACACCCCCCCCAACACACCCCCAGAAAUAAUAAAAUAUGAAAUAAUCCCGGGAAAACAAAUCCCUUAUUCGAUGGUUUAUCCCAUAAUACGAGCGUACGUUUUGAUAAUUGCUCAUAUUUUUCCACGCCCCUACAGAGCUUGGAAAAAUACAAACUAUCUCGAAAACACCAAAAAGGUGUAAAGUGCUUUUCGCGAGCGCUGGUUGGCUAGUUCGGAAGUGAAUACCAAGCACUAUUCACCUUCGAGCAGCCAAUGAAACAAAUCGCGCGUCAAUGGUUAAAUUUUCGUCCAUUUUUCGAUAUGUUAAGAGAAAUCAGCUCAUUUUUUGGUAUCAGUGUGGUACUUACUAGAACCUCAAUGUCAGUGAAAGUGGUGGAUAUUUACUUCGUCGCUUUGUGGCUCGGUAAAAAAUCCACCAUUAUUCACCUCCCCUUCACUGAAUAAUUAAGAAUUUGUUCAUACGUAGCGUGAGUAUAUCGAGUUAUGGAUGCACGCGGAAAGUUUGGAGAACACGAAAAAUGCGUAAGAGUAGCUCGAGGCGCAGCCGAGAGCAAUUCUAGCUCUUUGAGUGCUCUCCAAACUCCCAAGUGCAUCCAUAACUCGAUAUACGCACAGCUAAAAGCAUGAGCAAAUUCUUUUAUAACAGAGCGACCACAAGGAUCUGCACAAAGAAGCCUUUUGUUGAAAAUUCUCACAACGCACAAAAAAAAAAUAAUAAACAAACUUCCCUAUUGGCUAGUCAGAAACACGCCACAUUUUAUACUUUGGUUUGAGCAAGAACAUUUGAUCCAGUUAACCGAUAACUGUGAAUGAAAAGCUCAAAAUUUACGGGGAAAAUGGAGAAAAUCAAAGCCAAAUGAACUCAAGUGUCACUAAAAAAUGUUUUAAAAGUCAAAGACCCGAAUUUAUCAAGGGUUUUGAUUGUUCAAAAUAAUGUUUACGCUUCCGACAAAUUUGCGAGACGUGCAACUUGCGAGUUUUUUUCGGCUUUAUUUUUGUUGCUUGUUGGAUCAGGACCUAAAAGGUCAGUGCCGAUAGAAAAACUGGGCAGUUCUUCGCUGGUUUCCUCCAUAUUUCAAAGAGAAGAAAACUGCACUGCAGCUUAACAGGACGGAAACUCUGAAGUUACGUAAAAAAAAUGCCCACGUCAUCCUACUUACGCACGGGCGAGCGUAAAUAAAGAUUUUGUUCAGAGCGGCUCAAUAGGACUUAUAUAGGGCAAGCAUGCGCGCUAUGUUAUAAUUGUCAAUUUAACCAUCGAAAAAAGUGUUUACAUUUGACCGUGAUAUGUUUGAAAAACAUAGUAUAAGGGAUUAAAAAAAAAAAUAGGUGUUAACUAUAUCCUGAAGGCUGAAGGUUAAUGUUGCAAUGUCAUGAUUGAAAUAGAUCUUUUAAUUGAGCCACCUAUUCUGCAUAUAAGACGGCCGUGUUUUUCCAAGUAAUGUAAAAUUUUCACGUCCAUUUUUAACACUUUCCAAAUAGUUAGAGUCUAUUUUGAGAAGGGAAAAAUUGGAGUUUUGCGCUUGAGUUAUACAGCAUAUUGAUUUCUGACAUUAAAUAUAAAUUGUAUCCUUUCAUUUUAGCAAUGGAAAGAUCAGAACUUAACAUGGAAUACUUCAGAUUAUGGCGACAUAAAGCAAGUGAACUUAGAUGGAAAUGAAAUAUGGACACCCCAUAUAAUAUUGUACAACAAGUGAGUAAAAUUUGUGUGAGAUAAUGAUAAAAAUUUCGCUCAAAGGUUCGAGAUGGGUGCUUCUGUCUUCAGGAACAAUUGAAAUUAAAUCUAUCGAAGCUCUCCUACAAGUAUACCACCAAGAGCCUUCAUCGUCUAACAUUUAUUUCGAAGCUUACUUAGCGAAAUACACUGAACUUGAUUUUUACAUUUACAAACAUGAAAAAUCCGAUUUUCACAAUUCUGUAAAUUGACAUACGCAAGAGGCACUUUUACUGAGUAAAAAGAAAUUGUUUCACAUCGUGACAUCCUCUUCAUUAUUAAUCAAACUGAAGUGUUCGAAACGUAUGUUUUGAACAAGAUUCUGGCCGUUUUUCUAGUCAGUUAAUUGCUCCUUUGCUUUGCUCUUUUCCUCCUUCAUCGUUGGCUGGCACACACAACUUAAAUUUUCAGACUCGAUGCAGUUUGCUUUUUCGUCGUCUUCUUCUUUUUCACUCACGCUCGGGUUACCCUCCAAGGACAUCCUUUUCGUUUCAGGCACCUCUGUUGUCGUAGUUGGAAAUUCGUCUAUGAUCACGGACUCUUCAUCAGAAUUAAAUACGAAACCUCCUUCCUUUUCUAAUUCUUCGCGAUUCUUUGGCGAUCGCGGAUAACAAAAGCAAAACGAAACUAAAAAUCCGCCGGCAAAACAUUCAGCGUAUUGGAGAAGCAACCAUGGAGAGACGACCAUGAUGUUGAACGAUGAGUUUGCUUAAAUUUCGCGUAACGGUUAAAGAGAACCUUUCAGUGCACUUCAAAUGGACGAUCUAAAUCUUUUAAAAGGCAACAUACGAGAAAAUACAAUUUUUUCAAAAAUUAGACAAAUAACUAAUUGAAUUCCUUUUAAAAUCUAAAAGUUUUAUUGUUCAAGUCACGUUUUCCAUUAACAACGCAAUUCUAACUUCUUUCAAAGCAGGUGUAUGGUAAACAACUGAAAAAAAAAGGUAAAUGAAUUCUAAAAUGUUGUCCUUGUUUCAAUCGAAAAUUAGAAUAAGGCGUUCGUAAAUAGGCUGACAUGCAAGAAGUAAAUGAGUCACGUUGUUUUUUUCUCCAAAACAGUUUUAGAAAUUAAGUGUCAUUAACUGAAAUUUGGACAUGAAAACGCACUCGGUUCGAUAGCUCUUUGUUUGCUUUCGUUGAGAAUUCCUCUAAAACUGCCUAAAAAGGGGAAGUUUUUGUUCUAAAGAGAUUAAAACUCGCACGAGUUGUAAUAACUCAAGUUGAUUAUCGCCACAAUAUGUAUACGGAAGUCAGGACCCGUGUCAAAACAAAGUUACACGUGAACCAGAAAAAAUUGCUUAUUGCUUUUAUACAACCUCCACGUGUCCGAGAAUCUCAGUCACGUUGAAAACGAAGUACUAAGCGACAGUUAUACACGGCUUAGCUCGAGUACGAUCGUUAUCGUUUUAAAACGGCCCUACAUAGAAAGUUUAGAACUCCACGAAGGGUAAAAAAAUAGACGGCAUACCGUUCCUUAUAAGACGUAUGGUAUGAUCCCAUUUUAUUUGCUUUAAAACUGGUCGAAAUCAGACUGAUGAAGUUAUGACCUAAACGGAGGCUUGAAUCCCCAUGAUCAAUCAAUCGCCAAUUACCUGAAGAGCACUUAAUCGUUAGCAGCUUAAGCUUUUGGCUGUACACUGUGUUCUUUAUUUAUCGAUUUAUGUUUUAAAUUAAUUUCGCGUGUUUCUUUAAACAAACACCGAACAAAUCAAGGAGGCUUCCUUAGCGAUCACGCCGUCUAACACUAACGUAAAAACAAGCACGUGUUUUGGGGAGAGCCAUCUUAUAGGCGUGAAACACUCCUUCACUCUACUCUUCCGACUGAGGAUUAGUGCACCAUUAAAAUAAUGUAGGCGACAAUUAACUCAUGAAUCGGAAAGAGGCUAGUGUUAAAGUUUCCUUCAAGUGUUUAAUUAUUGAUCAUAGCCUACGAAGGGUAAAAAAAUAGACGGCAUACCGUUCCUUAUAGGAUGUAUGGUAUGAUUCCAUUUUAUUUGCUUUAAAACUGGUCGAAAUUAGACUGAUGAAGUUAUGACCUAAACGGAGGCUUGAACAUAGUGAAUCCCCAUGAUCAAUCAAUCGCCAAUUACCUGAAGAGCACUCAAUCAUGAGCAGCUUAAGCUUUUGGCUGUACACUGUGUUCUUUAUUUAUCGACUUAUGUUUAAAUUAAUUUCGCAUGUUUCUUUAAACAAGCACCGAACAAAUCAAGGAGGCUUCCUUAGCGAUCACGCCAUCUUAUAGGCGUGAAACACUCCUCCAUUCUACUCUUCUGAUUGAGGAUUUGUGCAUCAUUAAAAUGAUGUAGGCGACAAUUAACUCAUGAAUCGGAAAGAGGCUAGUGUUAAAGUUUCCUUCAAGUGUUUAAUCGUUGAUCAUAGCAACUGAAACUUGACAAUUUUCAUAACCACAUUCCCUCCAAAUAUCAUCAACGAUGAAAAAGGGCUAUCAACUGUGAAAACUUCCACUGAUCAAAGGUAAUAAACUGUUCACAACACAAAACGCUAUUUCUUCUAAAAUAAGUAUCGUAACUAACACAUUUUACUGAAUAUCCCCUAUCGUUAAAAAAGGCAGAAUGUCAUAAAACACGUUGAAAAUCCCCAGGGUUGGCUGCCGAGUAUUAAAAUCAACUUUCAAAAAUAAAUGCUAAAAAAAUUGAAAGACAAAAAUAUUGCUUGCAGCAGUUUCAAGAAUAGAAAUAAAGUAAGCGUUGUUUGAUCGCUCAUUAGUGCACCUUAAAGCAUUUGCAAUUUUGAGCUAAGAAACUUUGAGAUCAAGCUUCGUUGGGGUAGGGAAAGGGUACUCCCUCAUAUAAGGUAUAAGUUAUGACGAUGUGUCGCCUCAAAGGUAAUAGUUUGAAGGUCAUUAUGGCCUUAAAUUUUGUUUGGUUUCCAAAGGAACCGAGAGAGCGUAAUAAAUGUAUUUGCCUUUUUAACUUCAAGUAAUAACAGAGAACGAAAAGUAACCAAAAACAGAAAAUUUGAGUUGAAUUUUCCAGAGAUUUUAGAGGCCAGGGUCUGCACAUGAAAGCGGAAAAUGGUAUAACAUAUGUUGGUCUGACAUAGGGAAUUUGAGGAUCAAGCUACAAAACCCUAUGAAAAAACAGCUCUAUUGACCCUACAAGUAAUUCCAUAGGACAGAAUUCAUACUCCGUCUUACAACCGUUGCAUAAACUCUGGCUUUCAGUACGAAUGUGCGAGGGUUAUUAGGUAGUCAAUUUGCCUACAGAUAGCAUCUUUAACAUAAAUAAUCCUGUUUUCUCUAGUGCUGACUUUAACGACUCGGAGACAAGUUCCUUCAAAGCUACGGUGACGUAUGAUGGUAAUGUCACGUGGGUCGUUCCCAUGGUAACAAUGAGCUCUUGCCAAAUAAAUGUGCUAAAUUUUCCGUUGGACGAACAGGUAGGUGACGUGAUGGCAUCUUUCAUUUAUCCCAUUCUCGAGUACAAUAAUAAAUUACCAUGAGGGCAUCACUUAUUUCAAACUAAUAUUGGAUUUAGCGGAGCUGUUUCGUCCUUUUUUAAUUACACAACAGAGUUGUACAGGUUUCAAAACUGACGUGUUUCUUUUUUCGUAGUUGUGUAAAUUGACAUUCGGAUCUUGGAACUAUGACAUCACUAAGCUCAACAUUUACCCGGGUAGUGACAUCAUAUUCACACAGCAUUACCUUCCCAAUGGAGAAUGGCAACUGAUCGGCGCUCGCUCAGAACGAAGCCUUAUGUCACACUUAUGCUGCAAGGCCAUGGUGUCAGGAGUUUCGUAUGUUUUACACAUCAGACGGCUAUCUCCGUUUUAUGUCAUAAAUUUCAUCGUGCCUUGCGCGCUUAUUUCAGUGUUGACACUCCUCGUGUUUCUAAUGCCUGAAGGUCAGUAACUUGUACUCACUUCCUUUCAACUGAUGUUAGAGUACCUGCCAAUUGUGUGCUCCUAGCAAUGAAGUCAGGGAGUCAAUUGAUGUAUUAGCUAGUCAGUCAGUCAGACGAUAAGCCAGCGAAUGAAGGAUUGAGUGAGACAGUCAGCCAGACAGUCGUCGGCCAGAAAGUCAGUUAAUGGGUCAGUCUAUCUGUCAUUGAGUCAGUCAGUAAGUCAGUCAGUUGAUCAGUGAGUCACCCAGUCAGUCAGUAGUGUCUGUCAUUCAACUGAUCAGUCAGUCAGUCACUUAGUCUCGCUGUCAUUCAGUUGGUCAGCAACUCCAUUAGCCAGACUGUCUGUCUCUCUCUGUGCGUCUGUUUUUGUCAAUGGUUGUCUUUGAAUAACCAACCAAUCAGGUAAUGUAUUGAUUGGUUCGUCAGAUGGUUUCUCAGUCCAUGCAUCGAUUAAAUACUUAGACAUGAAACUGUUGCGGUCUACUUCCUAAAUCAUUUAAUUAAUGCUGGCUGUUUCUCUGACUGUCAGUCAAUCAUUCAGUCCAGUUAGAUAUCGUCACUUGUCAUCAACCAUUGACUGUAUGCAUUCUCUUAUAUCAGCUUCCUCGCUUAUAUGAGCGAAUCAGUCAUCAAUCUCAUUCAUAUCUAAUGUUCUGUCUUGGUAAACUGAUUUUCAGACACCGGCGAGCGGAUGGCAGUAGGAGUUACAAUACUUCUCUCGCUGGCAGUAUUUUUCUUAAUGGUGGAGGAGAAGUUGCCAGUUUCGGAGAACCUUCCAUUGAUUGGUAAAUACUACUGCUGCACAAUUAUCGAAGUGUCGCUGGCCCUUGUUGCCAUGUGUUAUGUGUUGCGGUUUGUUCAUCACCAGGCCCACGCAUUGCCAAGCUGGAUAAAGGUGAGCAGGACUUAGAGUAACCAAUUGUCUUGUUAUUCUCAAGUUCAACGUAUGUUUACGCUCUUGCUACCUUUUGGAGUUAACCAACGACUUCGAAGUUUACGAUAAGUAACUGCACGAGAUAUCCUUUCAGGUCAUCAUUGAGGACAAAAAUAACACGAAAUGCAUUGAAAUAAAUUUAUUUUUCUUUUGUUUUGUUGUCUUUUAUUUUGUUUGUUUUUUUUUUUUUUUCAGAAAUAUAUUUUAGGAUACCUGGCGCGAAUCGUAUUCUACAAAACCGAACAAGUAAAAGCUGAGAAAGAGCAGACACCACACAUUAAACCACAAAAAGACCAGAAGGAUUCGCGAGCAUCCCGAGGGAGUGAAGAAAGCGAGAAGGCAGUGCGAACAACAGUAAAUAAAUGGAGAAAACGUAAGAUCAUAGAACGUUUUUUCAAAAUUUAACCCUGUCACUCCCAAAGAUGUCAGUAAUUCUCCUUACUGUUUGCCAUACUAUUCUUAUGAUGUUAGUUCGGAGAAUUUAGUACUGCAUAAACUAAUUAUCCCCUUUAUCUUUAUCUUCAUUGUUAUCACUUGUCUGCCUUAUAUUUUAAUGAUAAUUUUAAGGAGAAAUUCUGUCUUAGUCACUCAUGGGAAUUGAAGGAUUUAAGUUUCUUGUGGCAGACCAGAACUUUCGGCAGCCAUUAGACAGCUGAAAUUUUCAUGAUGACAAGUAAGAGUAACUGUCCAAAGAACUAAGAACAGCCAGCUCUGUUAAGAUAAGCCUAUGAGAGGCUUAAAAUUUAUUUCUAACUUUUUUUAACAAAAAUGUAAUUAGGCAAGGGAUUACACAUAAGCACAGUUAUCUUUGGGCGAAAUUAAAGGAAGGGAGAAAAAAACUGAAACAAAAAGUGAAAGAAACGAAAAGAAUGAAGACUCAGAAAAAGAAGGAAUAGAAGGGAAUGGGAGGGCAGAAAUGUAAGAGAACGAUAGACAGGAAAUAUAAAUGAAGUACUAGAAUAUCUGUACUUGGUACAAAAAAGACAACAGCAUACUACAUGGGAAAUUGAGACAAUUUAAAGGAAGAGAUGAAAAAAAAACUGAGAAUAAAAAGUAAAAGAAAUUAAGGUAAUGGAAGACCCAUAGGGAGUAAGAAAAGAAGGGAAUUGGAUGGUAGGAUAUGGGAGAAAAAUUGGAUAAACAAGAAGGAAUAGGACAAUCGUAUCCAACAUGGGAAAUUGAGAACAUUACGUAUCCCAGAGAUAGAAUAACUAAUAUUGGUUUUCUUACCGUUCUAUUCUCUAAACAGCCUUACAUGAAAAGAAGCCUGAGCUCCCUGCUGCCGAGUCCCGCGCGGUCAAAAUCCUGGCUGACAGUGUGAAAGAGCAAGACAAGAAAGAUGAACUACAAGAUCAGUGGGUCCUGGCGGCCAAUGUGCUCAACAGAUUCUUUAUCUGCUUGUUUCUUGCCUCUGUUGUCAUAACUCUUAUUGCUGUAUUUGCCGUGGAUACACGAUUUGAAAACUAAGCCAUAAGUAUUCGCUAGAUGUGUUUGAAGCAGCAGUGUCUUAAGUAACCAAAAACAAAAACACCUUUUUCAGCGCAAUUUUUCACUUCCCUUUGAACGGAGGUGAUUACUCCUUAAAAACGAUGGAGGUUUCUAAUAAAUAAUUUUGAGAGGGAUACCACUCAUGUUAAAAACAAUAAUGUUACCACUUUCUUAACAAAAGGAAACCAGGUUUAGUUUCAUAAGUUUUUUCAAAAAAACGAUCAACAAAGCAACAGAUGUAAUUAUGAAGUAAAGUUAUCCAUAGAUAAAAGGUAUUGAAAUUAGACUUCAAAAUUUACUCGAAGUUAUAACAGGUAAUAUUCAUUACCGUUAUUUUGUUUUUCCCUCCAUACUCUAUUCUCUGUGAGAAACAAUUCUUACAUGUUUUGAUUUGAACCCAAUACCCCUAACAUCAGUAUGUAUAUUCUCCCUACUGUUCCCUGUAGAUUUUCCAAGGUGCUGACAAGGAGAAUUGGUUUAACAAUCAAGAGCUACCUCGGAUUGUGAUCAUUUCUUUUAUUCUCAUCACCUUUAUGUGUGAUUCAGGAGUGAUAUUGUAAGGAGAAAUUAGAUGCUGGUCACUCUUAGGAGUGACUCGGUCAAGGUGCUCUCUGAACCAUGGAAACACUGACAUGUAAUUUGUAACAUUGAAAACAAAAUUCUGCCAUUGCCUGCAGACCCUGUCUGUAAUAAAUAUACUAGUGUGCAAACUAUUAAAGCACAAUGAUAAAUAUGGAC